UUGGACAUUUUUUCGUUUCGCUUUUCUCAAAUUUUCGGAUCUCUUCUGUUUCUUCGAAUCAAAACCCUAAUUCCCCCAAUUUCAUUUUUCAACCUUGAAAAACCUUCUCUCUCUCUCUCAGUUCCCAACGGUCAUCACCACAGCUCGAUCAACAGGAGUCCCACAUUGAGUAGAAUAAACUACUUGAUGUAGUACUUAAGCCUUGAGGUUCUCCCACCUUCGAAUGUCUUGACUCAACCUGACCAAGAGAUACCCAAGAACUUGGUCCUCUGCACUUGGUUCGGCUUGAGCGACCAAAAGUUCAAAUUCUUGGAUGUACUCCUCAACCCCUCUGGCUUGUUUUAAUGCCGCCAAUCUUUCAUAUACUGUUCCUCGCCCAUUUCAUCCAAACGGCCACAUCAGUGCUUCUGCGAAUUCUCUCCAAGAAGGGUUCUUGGACUUCUGAUGCCAGAACUAGAACCAGUGAACAGCAUUACCCUACAUGCUGAUGAACGCCAAUUUUAGCUUAUCUGAAGGUUCAAUCUUCUGUAUUUCAAAGAAUUUUUCUGCUCUCGCCAACCAUCCAAGUGGGUCAUUACUCAUUACCUUCAAAAGCAGGUCAUUCAACCGUCAUGACCCAAGGAUGAAGAGGAAAAUUUUCUUCUUCCUCAGAUUCUCCAAUCUCCUCUUCUUCCGCCGAUUUCUCAUUUUUAUUCACAGGAUUGUCCUCCUCAUCAGAUAAUGACUUCUUGUUUUUCAUCUGUAACAGCAAAUCUUUGAUGUAGUUCAUAUCUGUCUUGAAUUCCGCCAGUUGUUGUCCUUGCUCACUGACAGCUUUCUCCAAUGCUCCAACCCGAUUUUCCAUUGCGAUUGGUGAUGGCAGGUCGGACCAACUUGUUAGGAACUUCUUUCCAAAUUAGGAAAAAUGGAACCCACAAGGGAAAAAUAGCACACAACAGGGAAAAACUGGAAUAGCUUUCUUAUUGCUGAAAGAGAGAGAACAAACCAAGAGCAAAGGGACAUAUUUGCUACUGAAGAGAUGUCUCCUGCUUCCAAAUCUAAGUCUAAAGACAAAAAGGCUGGCAAGGAAGCUCAAAAGUCUUCUGCCAAGUCUUCAGGAUCUGGUAAUGCCGUGGCUGGUGUACCAGCUAGUGCAUACAACCCUUUAUCGGGAACAUUCCAUACUUUGGAGAUGUCACCAACAUCUACUUCCCAAGUACAUUCUAAUGGUCGUUUUCGGAACAUAGAUGAGACGGAUGAACAUCCUGCAGGCUCAGUGGUAGCUGGUGUGGAGUAUGAUUCUGUUUCUAACAAUGGUAGUUGGUCUGGUGAUUCAGAGGACCAUAAAGAUAAAGCUUCUAAUCCUCCUGCUCGACUAGAAGCAGUACCAGGAGCUGAUAAUGACAAACGAGAGAAAAUCCGACAGAAGAAUGAAAAGAAGCAUCAACGACAGAAGGAAAGGCGGGCACAAGAGUUGCAUGAUCGCUGCACUGGAUAUAUUAUGUCAAGGAAACUUGAGGCACUUGCUCAACAGCUUGUGGCAAUGGGGUUUUCUCAUGACCGUGCAACUGUAGCAUUGAUACUGAAUGAAGGAAGGGUGGAGGAAUCAGUAGCAUGGCUGUUUGAAGGUGGUGAAGAAGCAGAUAAUCAUAAAGAUACAAAUAUAGGUGGGGGUAAUUUGAAAAUUGAUAUAUCAGAAGAACUUGCUCGAAUUGCAGAUCUAGAAAUCAGGUACAAUUGCUCAAAACAGGAGGUUGAAAGAGCAGUUGUUGCUUGUGAGGGUGAUCUUGAUAAGGCUGCUGAGUCUUUGAGAGAAUUGAAGCUGGAUCGACCAUCUGGUCCACCAAAGCCAGAGGAAAUUGGUGAUCUUUCUUCCCUUAGCAGUAAGCAGUCAGGAGCUGUGAAUCAGAAUGCUAGGCCACAGACAAAACCCAUACUUUCUCCAAAUCAACCCAAAAAAGAUGAAAAGGAUUUUAACUAUGCAAAGCAAGCAGUUAUUCUAGGAGGAUCUACGGAAUCCAGCAACAGACUUGUGCAGCCUCUUAAGAGAAUCUUACCCAAGCCCGAAUGGGCAAAGCCUCAACAAGCUGCUGUACCAGCUGACAAGAGGUGGCCAGGUGCAGGAUCUAAUCCUUCGGUUUCAUAUUCAUUGGCUUCACCAUUGCAAGUGUCACCCACAUCUGCUAAGACAGAAGCUUCUUAUAUGGCUGCAGGAGGUGAUUAUAAGAACCUUCAACCUGGAUCAGCUAGGGAGCCAGUAAUUGUGAUGCAGCGACCUCAAACUGUAAAUGCAAAGCAGAUUCCAGCUGCCAGCAUGAGUUCAUCUCCUCCCGGAGUAGCUGCCAGUUGGUAUCCAACUAAUAGUAUUGAAGUCAUGAGGUCCAAUGGCUUUAUAUCUCAUCCUCCUAGUACUAGAAGCCUCAGUUCAAACUAUUUCAGUUCUAAUCAACUGUACCACCAACUUCAAUGUCAACCGCCUCAGCAGUUUGUGGCUGGCAACAGCAGUUCAGUAGAUCUCCUAGCAACUAAUCAAGGGAAUAGCUUAUGGAAUAAAACAGCUGCAUCUCCAAGUCUUGCUGCCGCUUCUUCUCUUGGACUCUUUUCCAGGCUAGGAUCAGCAGCUACAUCAGGGGCAACUUCUCCAGUAGACUGGAGCACUGGUGGGACAAUGCAAUUUGAUUAUACCAACAUAGACUGGUCCUUGGAUAGAGGUUUAUCUCCCCCACGGUCUAAUGCAUUAUUGUUUGGGCUUUCUCCUUUUACAAAGAGUAGUAGUACUCUAUAUGGCUCAAAUGCUUCUGGCACGGUUGCUCAGACGACAGUUAGAUCAUUACCCUCUAAUGGUAGCAUGGUUCCUUUGCCUGGAUUGCAAAAUGGUGUAGUAUCGUCUGCUGAAACAUCAGGUUCUCGGGAUUGGAGUUCUCCAUUUGAAGGGAAAGACCUUUUUAGUUUACCAAGACAGUUUGUUUCUUCUCCUUCUCUGUAGAGUCGAGGGGAGAAAUCAAAUGAAUAAAAAAGACCAAAAAAUGUGUGGAUUUGAUGUUUGUUCUUAUGAUGCUAUAGUUGAUGUGAUGUUGGUGGUAAGCUUUCUCAUACCAUUUCACAUGCAUGCACAGUAGACUACCCCAUCACUUGCUGUAACAUGCACAAUUCACUUCCAUACACUAAGUACACACUAUAUAAACUGGGUAGAGCCGUGGAAUGUCUGAUAGAAUCCAAAUAUGCGAUGGCUCUGCUCAGUUCUCGUGACAGUUUUGUGGCAGUGUUACAUUUUGAAAGUACAGGGGCUAUAUUUUUAUUAAAUGAGUUUGAAAGUUGAUCAA